AUGUCUAAGGAAGCAAGUAUCUCUAGCGGUUUAAACUCGGAGAAAGAACUCUCUCCGACUACCGCAGACUUUAGCGAUGUUGAUGUUGCCGCCCGUGUCGCCGCGGGAGGCGACGGCGAAACGAUUACCGAAGAGGAUGCCUUGCGAAUAAGGAGAAGAAUAGACUGGCAUCUCAUGCCAUUGAUGUGCAGUGAGAUGCAAUUUGCUGACAAGACAGCCCUCGGUCAGUCGGCUGUUCUGGGUCUAAAUACAUCGACACAUCUUUCGCAGAACCAAUUCAAUUGGCUUGGGACAAUAUUCUACCUAAGUUACCUCGUAUUCGAGUACCCACAAAACCUUGCACUGCAGUAUUUCCCCGUGGGCAAGUGGAUGAGCAUCAACAUUUUCAUUUGGUCUGUCGCAUUGUGCGCAACUGCUGCAUGUAAGAACUUCGGCGGCCUCUUUGCUUGUCGCUUCAUUCUUGGAAUGUGUGAGGGAGCCAUCACAGCAGGCUUCCUCAUCGUUACAUCAAUGUUCUAUACGCACGCGGAACAAACCCUUCGUGUUGGCUACUGGUUUCUUAUGAAUGGUUCGGCCGUGAUCAUCCUUGGCUUCAUUGCCUUCGGAGUUUUGCACGCGAAGACAGAAAAUUUUGAGCCGUGGCAAUGGCUCAUGAUCAUUACUGGCAUAAUCACGCUCAUCACAUCCGUUCUAUUCUGGUUCUACUUCCCGGACUCCCCUGCGAACGCGAAGUUCCUGAGCGAAGAAGAUAAGCGUCUUGCCGUGCUUCGAAUCAAAUCAAACCAGACAGGUGUUGAGAACAAGCACUUCAAGUUAAAUCAGUUUUAUGAAGCCCUGCGAGAUCCGAAGACAUGGCUUUUCUCACUGAUAGUUGCUCUGAAUCAAAUCCAGAACUCCUUGACCAACCAGCGCCAAUUGAUCGUCAAGAUGUUUGGGUUUACCCAGAUCCAAACGACUUUGCUUGGCUGUGUCGACGGAGUUGUAAGUCUCCUCGCAAUAUAUGGCUCGGCGAAGUUAGCUUCAGUCAUGCGAAACGGACGAUCUAUCGUAGUCAGUCUGUGGACAAUUCCCGCUGUCGUCGGAGGAAUCCUUGUGGUCACAUUACCGUUCACUAACAAGAUUGGGCUUCUAUUUUCAUAUUGGACUGCACUAAUUGGAAACGGUAUCCUCCCUGUCCUCCUUGGAUGGGUAAAUAGUGUCACCGCUGGACACAGUAAACGAAUCUCAACGAACGCUAUCGUUCUUAUCGCGUAUUCCAUUGGCAAUGCAGCUGGUCCUGAAAUGUGGAAGGGACAGUACCAGCCUCGUAAUCGCGUUCCUUGGGCCAUCAUCAUAGCAUGCAAUGGUGUAGUGGCUAUUCUUAGUUUGAUCAUACGCUUCUACCUUGCACGAGAAAAUAGCCUUCGUGAGAGGCAAGCAUCUGAAUCCACAUACGAGGACGUAUACAUCGUCGUACAAGACGAGAAUGGCGCGGAGGUCAAGAAGAAAGUCGACAAGGCAUUCUUGGAUCUAACAGACAGACAGAACCUCGAAUAUCGCUACGUACUGUGA